ACUAAUAAAGAGGCUCCUGAGAACUGCGACUGCUUCUUGCGUUAUUUGCCAUUUCGCUGGGGACUUAACAACUUGGAUAAACGACAAAACUGAAAAAUUCUGGUUCUUAAUCUGAUACUAGGAAGGAAGGAAGGAAGGAAGGAAGGAAGGAAGGAAGGAAGGAAGGAAGGAAGGAAGGAAGGACUUUCAAUAUGAUGGAUUAAAAACAAGAGUGAUUGAUGAAUGAUUAUACUGGUUAUGUAGACAUUUGUAAAGCAAUUUGUAAGAGGCUAUUUCUUCUGAUUAUUCUUCUUAUUUCUCUCGUACCGCUUGAGUGAAAAUACUGUAUUUUGUUUCCUUUUAAUACUUCUUUGCUAUAUCUUCCUUUGGCAAAAUCCAAGAUGAGCAUGAGUGAUUUCCUUAAUCCUUCGGAUAUUGCUGCCGCAGUCCAGGAUUGUCAAGCUCCAGGUAGUUUCAACUGCAGAAAAUUCUUCCAGCUUUCUGGUAUGUCCAAAAAGAGCAGCAACCAAAUCAAGGGUAUAUUUCAAAUUCUAGAUCGUGAUAAAAGUGGAUUUAUUGAAGAAGAAGAGCUCCCUUACUUCCUCCAGAGGUUUGAGCCCGGGGCUCGCUUGUUAACACCAACAGAAAUCGAAAAAUUUCUGGCGACGGGAGACCACGAUGGAGAUGGAAAAGUUGGGGCUGAAGAAUUCCAGGAGAUGGUACAAUCCUAAAGGACCAGAAGCGGCUUGCGUGAUGGAAGAACUUCUGUCCAGAAAGAGUUCUCUUGAAACUUUCAAACCCAAGGAUCCUUUCUUAUAAUUUGCCUCCUAUUCAGUGGUAUGCUACUACAGGUAGUCCUAGAGAUACGGCCAUAAUGGAGCCUUCCCAUUACGAUUGUGACAGUCAGUAGAUGAAGCUGACCCCAUAUCCCUGCUCUCCCCAAUGAAUCAUUAAACAAACACAAGGGUCAUUAAGCGGAGCAUGGGAUGCUUCAGGAUUGGGGAGGCUCUUGGGGGCCAAGCAUAGGCCCUGGUCUUCCCAAGGCCUCCCCCACCCACCAUGCUCCCCUUCCCACUUAUGACCACUGCAGCAUCCCCAUGGUCAUGUAAUCAAAAUUCAGAUGCUAGGCAACCGCUUCAUAGUUACGACCGUUGCUGUGUCCCAGGAUCAUGUAAUCCCCUUUUGCGACUGUCUG